GUCCAGCAACGGGAACCUUGUUCUAUCAGUGUUAAGAGUUUAUAAGUCAGUUCCAGUGGUGCUGUCCAGUCAUCUUCAGCCUCAACAUAGUGUAUGCAGCAGCAUCAUAAUGCUCUUUGUCAAAUUCUACAGUCUGCUCACCUGUAAGUUUCCACCAUGUUUUUACAUGUGAAUUAUAAUAUUAAAUGAUACCUUUUGCAACAGAAAAAAGAGUAAAGAAUUAACUAAAUGUAUGUUUUAUUUAAUAGUAAAAUGUCUGCAUUUUGCUUUAAAGUACUUAUUGCAGCACCUGUUCUGCUUGUUUCUGGAGAGAAUUCAAUUGGCUGCUAUGGAGAUAUCCAACGCCUCCAAUGUGACACUGGUCUGAUACUGGUGAAGUCAUCUGUAUAUGGCCGUACGGAUAGCCACACCUGUAAUGUUAAUCGUCCAGCCUCUCAGGUCGCCAAUACCAACUGUGCCAUGAGGAUUUCCACAGUGGCAGAUAGAUGCAAUGGGCUGAGAGAGUGUGAGUUAAAGACAGAUUUACUUGGCAACUCAGACCCAUGCUAUGGAACUUACAAGUACUACAACACCACUUAUGACUGCAUCGAUGGCAGGCUUUCUGUGACCUGUGAGUUCUGCUCCAGCACACUGGACUGUGGAGAAGGUACUAUUCAGAUCAUAAAUGCAAACUAUGGACGUGCUAAUACUAGAACCUGUUCACAUGGAGUGCCCAGUAGUCUGACCCAGGACACCAACUGUUAUGCUCCACACACAUUCACUAAUGUAGCUGCACGGUGCAAUGGACAGAGGAGAUGUAUUGUACAAGCUUUAUUCACCCUCUUUACUGAUCCUUGCUAUGGGACUCUUAAAUACCUCACUGUGUCCUACACGUGCAUUCCACCUACUAGGGAAAUUGUGACCUGUGAAGAUAAUAAUGCUGAGCUGUCAUGUGGUGUUCAAAAUAUAAAGAUCAUCAGCGCUAACUAUGGCCGAACUGAUUCCACCACCUGUACUACAGAACAACCUGCUGGUCAUGUCUCCAAAGCAAAUUGCUACAUGUCUGACACACUAAAAAUAGUUAAAGCUAGAUGUGAAGGAAAGAGCAGCUGUGUGGUCCCUGCUACAAAUAAUGUUUUCUCUGACCCCUGCCCUUACACCUCUAAGUUCCUUAAAGUUGUGUACUCAUGCGUCUAAUUCUAUUCAGAGAAUAUCUCGAGGGAGUCCAGCUUUAUCCCCAAUCACCUCUUUUCAGUCUGAAAAGCAAUCACAUGCGGAUGAUGCAUUUCAGGAGUCUUGGUGCUGAUGUAUUUAACCUUUGCAAGUUAUAUAAUCAAAUGUUUUUUUAAUUUAUUUCUGAAACCUACUUGUUUGAUUUUACAUAUAAUUACAUCCUAAACUAAUCAACUGCAUUAAUCAUUGUGCAAUAAAGCAUCAGCUAAGUGCAAGC